AUGAUAUAUUUGGAGCUCAAGGCUAAGUCAAUGUAUAAGGCUGAAAUGAAGUUGAACUUCACUGCCUACCAUUGUUACCGCUAUCUGUCCUGGUAUCCCAAGUGGCAAGAGACAGCAGAAAAGUCGCUCAAAAAGCAGAAGAACAAGAGGAAGGGUGGCAUGAAGAAAUCUAUGUCUGUUGCUGUAGAGGGUCAGCAACAAGAUGAUAAUGACACCUCUGACAUGUCUGGCACUUGGCCUGCUGGGAGAAAGCAGAUGAAAGCAAGAGAGUUGGGCAUACAAAGAUUCAAGGAGAUGAUAGAGAAGAUGUAUGCAAUGAAGGCAAGCAGUGCAUUGGAGCUCAAGGAAAGGUCUGCUUGCAUCCUCAAGUCCAUUGAAGAUCAAGCUGAAGAACAGAUACGUGCAGCAAAAGCACAUCAACUUCUAGACAAAGAAGAAAUGAUGUCCUUUAAAAGACACUGUCUUCUGGAAGAAGAAGAGAUAGCAUUGGCUAAAAUCCGCCAACAGAUAAAUUAA